UUUAAGAUGGCGGAUGGCGCGGAUGGUCAGUACGCCGGCCAGUUGGCGCAAACUAUUGAAGAUGUAAUGAAAUCUAUAAAGCAUGUGGUUUUAGUCCUUUCUGGUAAAGGAGGAGUUGGAAAAAGUACCGUUACAACUCAAAUUGCAUGGUCUCUUUACAGCAAAGGAAAAAAGGUUGGAAUACUGGAUGUGGAUUUAUGUGGACCAAGUAUUCCAAGAAUGAUGAAUGUAGAAGGAUGCGAUAUACACCAGUGUUCUGCUGGCUGGGUUCCCGUUUAUACAGACAAGGACCAAAGACUUGCAGUCAUGUCUAUAGGUUUCCUGUUAAAUAGCAGAGAUGAUGCUGUGGUAUGGAGAGGACCAAAGAAAAAUGCAAUGAUCAAGCAGUUCCUAUCAGAUGUGUGUUGGGGUGAGCUGGACUAUCUGGUGAUUGACACACCACCAGGGACAUCUGAUGAGCACAUAACUGUUGUAGAGAAUUUGCGACACUACAAUCCAGAUGGAGCCAUACUUGUUACUACCCCUCAGGGAGUAGCAGUUAAUGAUGUAAGGAGAGAACUCACAUUCUGCCAAAAGACAAUGAUCCCAGUCUUGGGUGUGGUGGAGAACAUGAGUGGAUUCGUCUGUCCUCACUGUAGUGAGUGUACAAAUGUAUUUUCAAAAGGAGGGGGAGAAGCAUUAGCAGAGAACUGCAAAAUUCCAUUUUUAGGGUCUAUUCCACUGGAUCCAAGUUUAACGCAAUCCCUAGAAGAUGGUCAAGCCUUUAUAGAUUUUUUUCCUAAUUCACCAACACUAAAUGCAGUCAAUACCAUUACAAACAAACUGUUGCAGCUGGAUGUUGAUGGAGAUCACUGAUGCGAAGAAGAUUUUCUUGCAGGCCUGGAUAUAGCUACAGUCCCUGGACUAGCUCAACAAUAGUAUCAACAGAUCAAAAUUUGCUUUCACCCAACAGUGAGAAUGAAGGCAUCAACAAAGUGACAAUGCCUUUUUCCUACCCCAGCUUACUGCUUUAGGAGAAAUGUAGGAAAGUUCCUCGCUGAAUAACGAAUAUAUUGUGUUGUCACUAGGGAAAGGUUGCGCAGUUUAUCGAUAGUCAGAUUUCUCCAAUAAGGUCUCUACUAUGACUUGGUUGGUCUUGGUUGUUUGGAAGGCCACUCAAUCUACUGGCAAGGAGUGUUGUAUGGCAUCUUUGCUGUGUUGUGAGACAGUCCUGAGACCAGCCAAAGAAAGACAAUGAAUAAUAGCUAUUUGUCAUUGGUUCUUUUUUUCUAAGAUUUACUAAGAAAAUUUGAAAGCUCAAAAGUAAGAUAUUUAUUAAUUAUUUUUUA